UAGUGUCAAUGCUCCCGUUUACUGUCUUUGUCUAUGUUUACUGUCACCCAACUAUUGUCACUGUCAGGAAAGUUAUAAAAAAAAAAUCAUCAAUUUCCCAUAAAAAAUUUGCAGUUUGUGCCUCUUUCAUCCGCGCAGAGUGGUAGGCAAACUCUCUUUAUGUAACCAAUAAUGUUUUCUUUACAAAACCAGAACCAGGCCUUCGCGACUCUGACCCAGAUCAGUGCCAAAGUCACCACUACGCCGGGCUCAUUUUUCCGAAAAAAGCCCCACCUGAAAUCCAAGCCAGCCGAGCAGAGUCUGUGCACUGACAGUUUUACCGAAACAUUGCACAAGUGCGACUUUGCCUUUGCCAAGCACCUUAACUUGUCCUCCCUGUUUAACCGACCCUUCCUAAAUAACUUUCAUGUGUCCUUUGUGUCGAAUGAGACGUUUUUCGAAAACAAGCAUGGGUUUGCAAAGGGGGAGCUAACUAGCCAUUUACCCACACUAGUGCUGCGCAGCUCAGCCAAGAAUGUCCAAGUGCCGCAAGGAUUCUACCAGAAGCUCGUGCAAGGACUGCUCACCGAAAAUAGAUUCACUUUUAACAUCCAAACCAGGGGGUUUAAGACUGACCGGAGCAUUCAGGCUGAGUUGGAACGUAACCCGACUAUUAUGAGUAGAUUGAAGAACAACUUGGCAGGCGGGUCCAGCAGUGAGUUGGGGGGCAAAGUGCCCUUGGGUAAUGUGAGCGCAACCGAUGGGGAGCAAUUGAAGAAAAUCCUCAGCUCUGAAGAGUCCAACUUGACCGAGCACGAGAAACAGAGGAUUAAAAUUGCCUUUGCUGAGGGAUAUCUGGUGGGCAACACUGGCGGGGGCAAGACGGCGAAAGCCUCCAAGUACUUCCGAAUGGUCCAGCAGGUGUUGACUAUAGCAAUUUUUUUCGCGAUCGUGGUCAGCUUAAUGGCUAGCGCAAGUGGCUCAGUAUUCAGAAUCCAAUUGGGCAACCAAGUGGAAGUGGACCCGGAAGAAAUCCAUGUGACCUUCGACGAUGUGAAGGGAGUGGACGAGGCGAAGCAGGAGCUAAAAGACGUUGUGGAGUUCUUGAGGAAUCCAGACAAGUUCUCUAACUUGGGGGGCAAGCUGCCCAAAGGGGUGCUGUUAGUAGGGCCGCCAGGCACCGGAAAGACCUUACUAGCCAGGGCAGUGGCUGGGGAGGCAGGGGUGCCCUUUUUCCAUGCCGCUGGGCCGGAAUUUGACGAAGUCUUGGUAGGACAGGGAGCGAGACGCGUCAGAGACCUGUUCAAGGCGGCGAAGGAACGCGCCCCUUGCGUGGUUUUUAUCGACGAAAUCGACUCGAUUGGCUCGAAGAGAACUAACAGUGUCCUCCACCCAUACGCCAACCAAACAAUCAACCAAUUGCUAACCGAAAUGGAUGGAUUCCAUCAAAAUGAGGGCGUGAUAGUUCUCGGUGCGACCAAUCGCAAAGAGGAUCUGGAUCAAGCGCUUUUGAGGCCUGGCAGGUUUGAUGUGGAAGUGACCGUGCCGAGGCCGGAUUAUACCGGGAGAAAGGAGAUUUUGGGGCUGUACUUAGGCAAGGUGCUGGCCAAAGAAGUGGAUCUGGAGCUGUUGGCUCGGGGCACGACAGGAUUCACUGGCGCGGACUUGGAGAGCAUGGUGAAUCAGGCUGCGUUAAGAGCCGCGAUAGACGAGGCCGAUUGCGUGAGCAUGAAAUAUCUGGAAUCGGCGCGCGAUAAAGUCCUGAUGGGGCCGGAGAGGAAGUCUCGAAUUCCCGAUGAGGAUGACAAUCUCAUCACAGCUUACCAUGAGGGCGGACAUGCCAUUGUUGCUUAUUACACUAAGGAGAGUCACCCUUUACACAAAGUCACGAUAAUCCCACGGGGGCCCAGCUUGGGACACACCGCAUACAUUCCCGAAAAAGAGCGCUAUCAUGUAACAAAAUCCCAACUUCUAGCAAUGAUGGAUACAAUGAUGGGCGGUCGGGCCGCUGAGGAAUUGAUUUUCGGUCCUGAGAAAAUCACUUCUGGAGCCAGUUCUGAUCUGGAGCAUGCCACAUCAAUUGCUGUUCAUAUGGUAAAAGACUGGGGUAUGUCGGAGAAGUUGGGGCUGCGCACCAUGCCUGAUGACAGUCGUCAUGAGCUGGGGCCCAAUACCAACGAAGUGAUUGACAACGAAAUUAAACGGAUUUUGAUGGAGAGCUACGAGCGCGCGAAGCACAUUCUAAAAGCACACGCCAAAGAGCAUAAAGCGGUUGCAGAGGCGCUGAUGAAAUACGAGACUUUGGACGCGGAAGACAUAAAAGCAAUCAUGGCGGACCGGGCGUCGGAAAAAUCGUAGAAGCGCUGCCUACCAGUUUGUAGUAAAUCGAUUAUCUUCCCAUUUGUGUUAAAUUUGUUCCGGUUUUACGCAGCUUUUCGAAUGAAGAACAAUUGCAAACACCAAGACAGUGUCCUUUUUAAGACAAACUUCCUAAGUUCCCCCAUUGCCUGUUCCCAACUGUAAAUAAAAGCUUACUGGACAUAUAAACUAUUUUAGGAUAAAA